AUGGAAAAAAUAUUCAUUUUAAAUAUUUACAUUGUUUAUUCAAUAUGUUCAACUCACUGUGUAAACUCUGCUAUCUGUAAAAUAAAUAAAUUAAACUUCAUAGGCUAUAAAUUAAACAAUGCAAGUGGUUUUGGAACCAAUUUGUAUGGCGCAAAUGCUAGUAAUUCCCUACCCAGUGGAGAUUCCUAUUCAACUGGGCGCAUUGAUGUUGUAAAAUAUAACAACCCCAAUCUCAAUGGAAGUAGUGCGGAAAGAUUGUUCGAAGUUAACAAUAGACACACACCUGCACUAAAAUUACCCAUCAAGUGUGUUUUGGAUUCGCUGAUACCUGAAAUCUUCAGAGUACUCGAGGCCAGGAAGAAGCUAGGAUGCACAAGCAUACCCAGUUUACUCUGCUGCAGCGGAGGAGUAGAUUCGAUGUCACUGUUGCACUCAUUUGGACUCAUUAAAGAAAAUUACGAAUGCCUGGUAAAUGACCAUAUUCAGCUGAACUUCAGCACUUAUCCAAUAAGCACCGGUGGACCUAGGCCGGACCAGAGGAGUAGAAGGAAAAUGAUGAUGGAACUGUUCGAUGAAUUUUACAAGAACCUCAACGUUAUUUAUUUCAACCAUAAGCAGAGAGAAGAUGUGGAAAGAGAUAUUGAGGUGAUUAGAAGGGCGUGCGAAGAUUAUAAGUUUAAUAUGAUCAUAGAAGAACUACCCUCGUCAAUACUACAGGAGGGGAAGGAAACAGGACUGCAGAACAUAUUCAGAGCAUGGCGAAGAGAAACCUGCAUAAAAAUAAUAAAUCACCUUUCCACGAUAAAAAUAAAAGGGAGUGCAGCUAGCAAUGGGCCGCCAAGCAGUGGGAACGAGCGCACAAUUCCGAGCUCAAUUAGGAACAAGCAGCUAGAAUUGAACGGGCCAUUAGAGCAGGAGUUGGAGAGCGUAAGGAAGCUCGGAGACAUAGUUGACCUGAAAGGACUAAUAUUCAUGGGACACAACUUGGAUGACAACUUUGAAACACUUCUGCUGAAGAUACUGAGAGGCUCGUUUGUAUCGAAUCUAACGCCAAUGGAGUUGUACGAUAACCUGGAUCACAGAGAAUACAUGCUCGUGAGGCCAUAUAUUAACGUGAAAAAGGCGAAACUGAUUUCAUUCAUGCAAGGUUUGAAGGAAACGUACAAUGAGGACUCUAGUAACAAUAAGUUGUAUUACACUCGGAACUUAAUGAGGAAUUUAAUCAUACCGGAAGUGUUGAGUAACCUGUCCGGGAGUAUCGCAGCAAACAUUGGUGGGAACGAAGAUGUGGUAAGGGACAAAGUUGAAGAUAGACCACUCCUACUGGGAUUGCACACCAAGUUAAAGUACUUAUCGAAGCAGUGCCACAAUAUUAGUGGUCUGCUGGAACAUGAGGUGGAUAUGUACUAUGAUUACAUUAACUCGAAGUAUAGACUGGGUGUGAAUGGCAGUGGUAUCAGUAGCGGUAACAGUAGCAGUGAUAGUGGCACUAACAAAGAUUCGGAUGACGCAUUGAGUAAAUCAGCAGGCGACGUUGCAAAGGAGUCCUGUAAGGAGGCGUACAGGCAGUUUUACGCAAGUCUGUUUCGUAGUUGCUAUAAUGGGAGGACGGAUAAGUUGGAAACUGUGUUUGACAACAACUUGAGUUACCUGAGGAGAGUGGGACUACGGCUCGACGGCCUCUUUAACCUUAAGGAGUGGAACAUCAUACCAAACAGGAUGAUCAAGGAGCAGGUGCUGUACAGGUACAUCGUGGAGAAAACCCGAGGCAACGUCCUGUACAGGGUCCUUUACAAGCUGGUAAACGACCUGUCGAAGGAGCCCUUUUCAGAAACCCUAAAAAUGUACUCAGUGGGAAGUCACUUGAUGUACCAUCAGGGCUACUACCUGAAGCUGGGACCGAACGCACCGAGGGGUAAAAAUGCGGCUGAGGCCACAGCCACAACUACUGAGCAUGGAUCACACAGCAGCAAGGGUACUGAGGUUAAUAACGAAUCAGGAUCCGUCAAAGAGUUGGCGGCCACCGAUGAGCAGUCUGGCAACAGCAGGAAAUUGAUAUUCAGCGACGAGAACGUAACCAUAUACAACUGCAUCGAUAAGUUGAAUGUGGCAGUUACUAACCCUCGAGGACGUUACCACGUUAAUUUGAAGCUGGAGCCGGCACGUGCCAGAGACAGCAAGGGCAUAUUUGAUUUACAUUACAACAGCGGCACCGGCGAGCUCGAUGAGGUGGCCCGUGAGAACAGUGGUAUCGCAGCUGACGGCCCUGGAAGUCGUGGAGAUAGGCGGAAGUUGGAGUUGGAGAUUCGGUAUCUGAAGGAGGACGACGUUUCCACCAGUCGGAAGAUGUGGUCGAACACCGUCUACAAGAUCCUGGGCAACAUCGGACUGCACAGGUUCCUCAAGGACGAGGUUCCGGCCCUGGUGGUGGCCGGAACAAACGACGUCAUAGGCCUCUACGGGUACAACCUGAUUCCGCCGUACCGCAACAGAGACUCGCAGACGAUACUAUAUCAGAUGGACGGGCUAAGGAGGCCCAGCCAGUACCAACUAACAAUUUUGUAA